AUGCUAGAAAUAGAGACGUUCACCAAGAGCCAGAGGAGACAAACAGGCACUGGAGUCGAUUUGCAAAGGAGAUAUUUCCCAGUUCGCAGCAGCAUGAAAAGCCCUGGGUGCACUCCAAGGCAUGUCAGGUGUCUCAUCAUUUUCAGCCUCUGCUUGGGACUUACCUGCCUCUCAGGAAUCUUCCAUAUGAAAAAUAAGAAUUACAGAAUCUCAAAGAGCCAGGAGGAGCUGCUGAUCCCUCCCACGCCGUGCCAUGCCAAGACGAACGUCAUGUUCCUCAAAACCCACAAGACUGCCAGCAGCACUGUGCUCAACAUCAUGUUCAGGUUUGCAGAGAGGUACAACCUCACUGUCGCCCUCCCUGCUGACCAGCUCUUCCACCUGGGAUACCCAAGGACUUUCGUGGCCCACUUUGUGGAGGGUUUUAAAACCAUAGGCCAAAAUUACAACAUCAUGUGCAACCACCUGCGGUUUAACCCCCUGGAGGUAAAAAGAGUGAUGGCAGCCAACACCUUCUACUUCUCCAUCCUGAGGAACCCCAUUCCUCUGCUGGAGUCUUCCUACAUCUACUACAAGAACAAUGUGCCUGCCUUCAGGAGCUCCAAGAAUGUGAACGAGUUCCUGGCAUCACCCACCAAGUAUUACCACCCAGCAGAUUACAGGGAAAACAUCUAUGCCAGGAAUAUCAUGUGGUUUGACUUUGGCUACAAUAACAAUGCAGAGGAUGACACGCAGUACACCCAGGCCGUCCUGGAGGAGAUUGAGCAGAACUUCCACCUCAUCCUGAUAGCAGACUACUUUGAUGAGUCCAUGAUCCUCUUGAAGCACGCUUUGUGCUGGGAUCUGGAUGAUGUGAUUUACUUCAAGCUCAAUUCCAGAAGCCAGGACACUGUCCAGACAUUGACUCCAGAAAGUGAGGAGCAGAUAAAAGCGUGGUGCUCACUGGACUGGAAGCUGUACCUGCACUUCAACCAGAGCUUCUGGAGAAGGAUUGAGGAGACCAUAGGGCUGGAGGUGCUGCAAAAGGAGGUGGAUCACCUGCGAGCCAGACAGAGGGAGCUCAUGGAGACUUGUCUCUCAGAGCAGGAGGCAGUGAGGAAGGAUGACAUCAGGAAUAAAGCUCUCCUGCCUUUCCAGUCAGGGGCUGCAGAUAUCCUGGGUUACAACAUCAAACAAGACUUGGACAACAGGACUCUGAGAACCUGCCAGAAAAUGGUCAUACCAGAGCUCCAGUACACAUCCUACCUUUAUGCUGUCCAACACCCACACAAGAAGAGGAAGGAGGUGGGAUUGCCAUUGCUGUGGACCAACCUCCAUGAGAGGAGUGUCCAGCUCCCAGUGUCCAACUAGGACAUGUGGCAACCCACUGUGGCUUCCCACCGCUUUGCAUCACCCCUUGUCUGACUUGUAACUGACCCACAGGACUCUUGUGCAUGAGGGGGAGGCAGUGGGGGCUUUGUUUAGGGUCAGCAAGUUGGUGGUUGGUUUCUUUUUGGGGACCUUGAGCCAAAGGCUCUGCAUUGACCAGAUCCUGUGUGAUCCCACCUGCCUGUUCCCAGCUGGAGGGAGCCAGACUGGCUGCAGCUGCAUUCCAGCCUCUUAAUCAUUAAUCACGAGCGUGAUCAUUUGCCUUAAUUUGAUUCCAUUUGAUAUCCAUCGUUACAUCAGCCUGGUCACAGUUCACUGGAGCGAGUUCUGAUUUUUGGAGGGCUUAGGGGAGGGGGAGGGAAGUGAGGGGAGUGUGACAAGGGGACACAGUGCUCGAAAAGCAGGAGAGAUGGUGGGUGUCCCUCAGUGAGGAGUGACCGCCCCACGCUGCUGGAGCUGCCUUUGGUGUGGCUGCCGUGCCAGUGACAUGUAAGCUGUGCCUCUCAUGUGUCACCAGGUGAAUGGGCCUCUGUCCCAUGUGGGAGAGGUCAGUGCUCCCCUGGGAGGAGGUUUUGUGGUUUUGUCCCUCGCUCCCAGGCAAGGGUCCCUGGGCAUGGAUGUUCCUUUGGGUGCAGCAUCCCCACAGCCCUUUAUCAGCAGAUGUGUUUUUGGAGCCCCCUUGCUGUGCUGGCCAAACUCUCCAGCACAGAUUAGGAGGGGAUGGAGUGAGACAGAGUUGGUCUGGUGCAUCCAGGUCCCUGCUGCUGCCCUGGCCAGCACAGGCAGGAGGAGAUGCUGGCUCAGCCUUAAACACUGGAGUUUUGUCAGUGUAAGUUGGCACUGACCGAUGUGUUGGGAACAGGUGACAAGCAGUGACACCAAGUCCAUUUGGCUUGG